AUGGGUAGACCUAGGAAACGCAAACUAGGGGACUCAGAGCAGUCGGCCAUUGCUAUCCAGGAAGCAAGACAACAGACGUCUCGCGCCGGAUCUAGUACCUUUGACAGUGCAAUUCAAUUCGAUCCGCUCGUCGAUCAAAUCAACUUCUCCGAAAUGGAUUUGCCUAGUUUAGACACUAUCAACGACAACAGUCUCCUCACUGCAUCUGCUAUAGAGUCUCUUCCAGCUCAAUCAUGCGCCUGCCUUUCCAGCAUAUAUUUAACGCUAGACAACUUACGUUCUAUGGAUACUAUCGACUUUCCCUCCAGCCUACACUGUCUUCGCGAUGCGUUGCAUACAAGCAAAUUGUGUAUUGAUUGUCAGGUCUGUCCAUCGCAAUACCUCACGGCUACACAAAAUGCGCAGCUCCUUGGCACCCUACUACUUUCGAUGUCUGAGCGAUAUAACAGGAUACUCAAGGUCAUUGCCUCGGAGACGACGCGUGCCGAAAACACAGGUCAGAUGAAGACUCUUCACAUCGGUAGUCCUGAACCAUCCAAGCCGCGACAUGAGAAUGUCGGCGGCAUAGACUCGAAUGACCCUCUGGUACUUGAACUGCCACCCACAGAGUGGAGAAAGCUAGCAAGAAAAGUUGUACAAGCCGAAAUCUACGGCACUUCUGAUGCUGGCCGUAUUAGCUUCAUGUCGGUCUUGACGAGAUUGGAAGAGAGGCAGGCUCGUUGGCACACAAUGGAACCAACCGAGGAUUGUCCUGAUCCGGAUCGAAGAAGACACGAUAUGCACGAUCAUAACAAUAAUCCAAUGUGCCUAAUGUUGGCGCGUCAAGCGAAGAAGCAAGUAAACCUCCUCGAUUUUGACUGA